CAGUGCAGACGAUCGCCAUGGACAUUCUCCCUGUAGCAUUGCUUCUCCUCAUGGCCUGUGCCAGCGUCAUGGCAUCGCCCAUGGUCUACAAACUGAAUCCCGAGGAGAAAUACGAGGCUGACCUAGUGGCCGUCUCCUCUACGGUGAUCCCCCUGACCGUCCUGGAGGUAAGCUAUGGCGCCGGCGGCAAGCCCAGCGAGGAGUACAAGGCCGCCUACCUGCGCAAGCUACGCAAACAGGUGCUCCAGCGGGCGGACAAGCAGCAGCAGCAGCAGCAGCAGCAGCAGGAGGAGGAGGGUGCCCCCACUUUGGUGGGUCACUCCCAAGCCGCCGCUGUGGAUGCCGAUGCUUUGAUCACAGUUAAGUCGCAACUGGAGAGGGCCAAAGUCAAGGCCGUUUGAGGCAGAGGCGGACCGGACUUGAAGACCGUGGAGUAUAGCUGAUG